ACAACGCCGCGGGAAUCAUUUAAUUUUAUUAUUUGUUGAUUUGCUAUUUGUUUUUAUUGAUUUUUGGCAACAUGGGUGACCAGCUAAAGAACUCGAGCAUGUUAAAGAAACUGGGUUUUGAUAGCUCAAUGCAAUGGAUUUUUUACGAUGAGCAAUUUGAAAAGUUCUUCAACUUCUUGGCUGACAAUAUUACGGAUGCCAAUAUACUUACAGAGCAGGAAAUGCUGGAGUGCAGCGAAAUGAUACAACGCGACGAAUGGUUAAGCGAGUCCGAGCGCCAUUUAAAGCUGCAGCAAAUUGAAUCGGAAAAUCCGGGACUGCUAAAGGCAAAAAUGGAGCAUGUUGAUGCCUUGAUAGAUGAGAUAGCUGUAGCAAAAGAAGCCACUACUGCUUAUGCGGAGCUCAUUGAGGAUAUGCACAAUACCAAGCAUAGUCUUAACAAACAGCUAAGCGAACAGGAGUGUACUACGGCGUCGCUGCAUAAUAUGGCGCAGGAGCGCUUACUUGAGAGCCAGACCAGGUCGCGCCAAUUAGAGGAGUUGCAACGCGAGAAUUGCAGGCUGAGUGAGGAGGCAAACAAAGGAUUUAGCAAACAGCAAGUACCAGGACUGUUCAUGCACCAGCAACCAUUGGAUCAGUACUUUCUUAAGUGCGACUCCUUUAUGCAGUACUUUACGCUCUACAUGAGAGACAACUUUAAGCUACAGGAAUACUAUGAUUUUGAAAGUUUUCGCGUAGAUACACAGCAAAUCAACACCAAGCUGGAUGAACUGCAACAUUCCAUGCAGCAUUAUACGAUUGCACACAUUAACGAAAAAGCCAAGUCAAAGGCUACACAGGCGCUGAUUGAUAACAUUGAUCUGAACAAAAUCCAUUGUCUAACCUUAACGGACAUGGCGCGCGAAGCUCACGAGCUGCAGCUGCUCAAUGACAAUCAUCUAGAGAACACAUACAAUACGCUGCUCAAUGCCUUGACGUUGCAUGUGAAUCAGCAAACGCAGCAGCGCAUCGAGCUGGUGCUCUACGAGAACACCAAACAGAAGCUAGAGCGUGCGCUGCGUCGUCGUGAGAACGACAAACAGCUAACAAGGAUUAUAUCAGAUGCGCUGUCCAAUGCCGAGCUACUUUGGAUUUCAAUACAGCUGGACUUGGAGAAGGCACGCAACUGGACCGACAGCUCUUUGCGUUUACAUGAACAAGCCGAGACCAGCUGGCAACGUGUGCUCGCCAUGCGAUCCAUAAAUGCCAAUCCAAUAGGCACUACAGGGCAAUUUCUGAAAGCGAUCGCUGAUCGAUUGAGCACACACAUUGGUCAACAGGUGCGCGCCACUGAUAUCAAGAGCUGUCUCUAUGAAUACGAAAAAUUUGGUCGACUUGCGGCCUAUUCGUUGCACAGUAUGCUUAACAAAAAGUCACACUAUACUGUCCACGAGCAGAUGGUCGAGCUGAUACGUUUGGAGCAGUUGCUGCAACCCUUUGUUUACGAUUCACCGCUGGAACAGCCCAUGUUUGAGAACAUACAGUACUUAUGUCCCAUAUUCAAGGCAGCGCAACAGCAGCAAGGAUUUGACGUUGCCGUGCGGCAGCUACGCACCAAAUAUAUGGACAACAUUACCGAACGCAUGAAUAAAGAUAAGCUUUGGCGCUAUCAGCAGCUAUUGUGGAUUUGGUUUCUCACUGAACCGCAACGCGUGCUGCAGGCCAUUGAUGUGGUCAAGAGGGAAUCAGCCAAUGUACCACAGCGCCUAACUGGCGGUCUGCAGCGUAAAUAAUGCUCUCAUACCAAUAAAGAAUUUUGUUUUCAAAUUAAG